AUCAUUCAGCAUGGCGCCGAAACCCAAGUUUCAGGAGGGCGAAAAAAUACUGUGCUUUCAUGGGCCUCUUCUUUAUGAAGCCAAGCUUGUGAAGACUGAAGUUAAAGAUAAACAGACAAGAUAUUUUAUUCAUUACAAUGGAUGGAAUAAACAUUGGGAUGAAUGGGUACCGGAGUCCAGAGUAGUGAAGUGUAAUGAAAGUGGAUUACAAAAACAGAAAGAGUUAAUGAAAGCUCAUGCGAAAAACAGGAAAGGUAUUCUACCAACAGGAGUUGGAGCACCCCCCAAAGCCAAAAAGCAGGAAAAGGAGAAAGAAAAGGAAAGGUGUUCUACACCAUCUUCAGAAAAGUCAGACAAACAAACAUCAAAACAGAAAGCUCCAAGUAUAGCAGAGUCCACAGGAAGUUCAGAACAACCAAAGAAGAAGAGGGCAAGAGUUGAUCCUACAGUAGAAUCUGAGGAGUCUUUUCUGGCCAAGAUUGAAGUGAAGCUAAAAAUCCCUGAUGAGCUGAAGCCUUGGCUUGUGGAUGAUUGGGAUAUGAUUACAAGACAGAAAAUGCUACUGAAGCUGCCAGCUAACAUGACUGUUGAAAAAAUUCUGGAUGAAUAUAUGAAGCAGAAAACUUCAAAAGGAAACAAUCCCAACAAAGAUGCAAUCAUAGAAUUGACCCAGGGUAUCAGAGAAUAUUUCAAUGUUAUGCUGGGAACACAAUUAUUGUAUAAGUUUGAAAGACCACAGUAUGGAGAGAUAUUGAGUGAGAACCCAGAUGUUCCUAUGUCACAAGUGUAUGGCUCCAUUCAUUUGCUUAGGUUGUUUGUUAAAUUACCACAAAUGUUGGCUUACACUCCACUGGAUGAAAAGAGUAUCCAGCUUCUACUUAAUUAUCUACAGGAUUUCCUAAAAUACCUUCAGAAGAACAUAGGGACUAUGUUCAGUUUGAGUGACUAUAUCGUAGCACCUCCAGACUACCACAGAAAAGCCAUAUGAAACUGAAUGCCUGUUGAAUGAAGGGAGAAAAUAUAACAAUUGAUGCUAUGUUAAAGUAUAAGAUAAUGGGGGCUGUCCAUGAAAGGUCAUCAGUGCCCAGCCAGGUCCUCCACAUGCUUGACCACCUAGUGGACAAAGGCUGAAUUAGUUGGUCCUUCUAUUAAAACCUGGUUAGUGUCGGCAUGGCCAAAUGCAUUUGAUGCUUUGUAUUGAUGAAGUGACUUGAACCAAGAGGAUCUUUGGGAAGAUUUCAUCUGCAGUGUACAGUUUAAAGAUUCUUUAAGAGAUUAUUUUGCCUGAAAUGUGGACACAGGUUAGAAUGGGUUAAAAGAAAAAAUCAGCAGAAGUAUUCCCACACAGGUCACCAUUUUAAUAUGUGUUCAUCCACUGACAGCUCAAUAGUCUGGUGAACGGCAGUGAAGGCCCCAAACUGGGUGUGUUAGUCGCGAGAACUGUGACAAAUAUGUAGAAAUUGUCAACUUUCAUUAGUAUGACAUCGUAUCUGUAAGCAUCGUAUCUCAUGCGUUAUAUAUGUACAUGAUAUAUGAAGGCGCUGACUGUGAACUCAAUAAGCAUAUGUAUUUUUAAAUAAAAGGUAUUUUGUACACGGAAACUGAACAGCUUAAGUACGUAGUGUGACUUAUUGUAAAAUGCUUCGUAAGAUUACGGUUUUACAGCAUUUCAAGAAGCGUUUCUGUAUUUCAUUAUUCUAAAAUAAAAUACAAAAAUGCACCUCUUUAGCAACUUUCAGCACUAAUAGUAAUUUUAAUCGCAUGGAAAAAUGUUCUGAUGUUUCACUACAAGGUGGAGUCACAAAGGUGUUUUCAUGACAACUUGUGUGUUAAGUUAUUGGUGUUCUGUUUUUCAUAUGCUGGUUUCUUCAUUCUAUUUAAUACUCACAAAAUGGUUCUUGAAGCAAAAUUUCAGCGACAUAAACAGACAAUAAGGGCAAGACGACGUGUAAUCCUACUAGACCGAAAGGUUGCAAAUGUUUCAUUGAAAGGGGUGAAAGAAAAAAGAACAUUCGUUAUGUAGUUUAUUGAAACCAACAAUAUAGAACAUUUUGUAACAGAGCGCUAAUGUGCAUGUCAAUAGCUUCUUCGUCUCGUUGGCGGAUGUAAAAUCCCACUUAAGAUGUAAGUGUAUUGGACUACUGCUCUUUGUAAGCAGGCGGUGACGUACUAGGAGUGUCUGCAUAUAUACAAUAUAUGAUACAAUGCAAUGUUAAAUUUGCUUUCUCUACUUCUGUGCUUAGAUCAAGUCACAUGGGCUUUGAAAUUUCACGUAUUGCACCUUUAUCCGCAUAAAUUUUAAGAAGAUUUCGACAAAUUUUAACAUCUAGCAAAUAAAAUACUCAUUUUGGAGAAAAACAGUAAAGAAUUUUGAUUAAUUAAAAAAGUACUGUGCCAGCAAAGUAGGCCUACGCAAAAAGCGUAUGAAUGCCAAGAGAUUGGCGAAACUUUCAAAUUUUAUUAAAAGAUGAUUAACUUGCGAAUUGUUU